AUGUCCGACGACGAAUACGAUAUCACCAAGUCACUCGCCCUCAACUUAGAGAGCUCUGAUGACAGUGGGACUGAUGGUGAAGGAGAAGUGCCUGUGCUCAGGGGCAAAAGAGCCGUGAAGAAACUCAAGACUAAUUCUACAGAAGCUUUUCCCAGCUUAGAGCUUUCAGAUGAUGAGGAAGAAAAUGAUAAGACUUCGGGUGCUGAUGCCAUCGCAUCGUACUUUGUCAGUAAUAAUCCCGCUGUCAAAAAGGCCAAAAGUGGAACCUUCCAGUCGUUUGGGUUUUCCAAGUUCUUAAUAGGUAAUAUCAUCAAAAAAGGGUUCAAACAACCCACUCCAAUUCAGAGAAAAGCGAUUCCUUUGAUCAUGGAUAGCAGAGACGUGGUGGGAAUGGCCAGAACUGGGUCCGGUAAAACAGCAGCAUUCACUUUGCCAAUGGUGGAGAAGUUGAAGGCCCAUUCUGCUAAAUCUGGUUCCAGGGCCAUUAUUUUGUCUCCUUCGAGAGAAUUGGCAUUGCAAACAUAUAAACAAGUGAAGGAGUUCAGUCAUAGAACCGACUUGAGAAUCAUGUUGCUUGUUGGUGGAGACUCUUUGGAUGACCAGUUUAGUGCCAUGAUGACCAACCCCGAUAUCAUCAUUGCUACUCCUGGUAGAUUUAUGCAUUUGAAAAUUGAGAUGGACUUGAACCUAAAGUCCAUCGAGUACAUUGUUUUCGACGAAGCCGAUAGAUUGUUUGAGUUGGGGUUUGCAGAACAGUUGAACGAAUUGAUUGCUGGUUUACCUGCUUCUAGACAAACGUUAUUGUUUUCUGCCACUUUGCCCAAAUCGUUGGUGGAAUUUGCCAAAGCCGGUUUAUCCAACCCCACGUUAGUGAGAUUGGAUGCUGAUUCCAAGAUUUCAGAUCAGUUGGAGAUGGCCUUCGUCACCACCAAGAGGAACGAAAGAGAGGCUAACUUACUUUACUUGUUGCAAGAGGUUAUAAAAAUGCCUCUUCCUACUCAGGAGGAGAUCAAGAAAAUGAACGACAUGAACAAACGAAACGAUGAAUCUGAUGAAGAAGAAGCUGCAGCAGCUGCUGAUGAUAAUAAGAAAAGGAAGAAGUUCAAGAAGGAAAGAUUACCUCCCGCUAACGUCUUACCUUCAAAGUACUCCACUAUGGUCUUUGUGCCCACCAAGCAUCAUGUUGAGUACAUCACCAGUUUGUUGAGAUCUUGUGGUUACUUGGUAUCCUACAUCUACGGUACUCUCGACCAAACCGCUAGAAAGCAACAGUUAUACCAAUUCAGAAUCGGAUUAACAACAAUAAUGGUAGUGACGGAUGUGGCUGCUCGUGGUAUCGAUAUUCCCAUUUUAGCCAAUGUCAUCAACUUCACCCUCCCUUCAUCCUCAAAGAUUUUCAUUCACAGAGUCGGUAGAACCGCUAGAGCUGGGAACAAAGGAUGGGCAUAUUCCAUUGUAAACGAAAAGGAAUUGCCUUACCUCUUGGAUUUGGAAAUAUUUUUGGGGAAGAAGAUCUUGACAACCUCGUUACACGAAUCCAAGGUUAAGCUCCUCAAAGAAAGAAUGGGGGACCGGUAUCAAGAACCUAAACUCUCCUUUACCGAAAGGUUGGUUCUCGGAUCUGCUCCCAGAGCCGAGUUGGAAAACUGUCAGGAAGUUUACGAAGGUGUCCUCAAGCACAACUAUGACUUAAAGUUGAUCAAAGACGUCUCUAUCAAGGGAGAGAAGUUGUUUUAUAGAACCAGACAACCGGCCUCUAAUGAGUCAGUAAAGAGAUCAAAGAACAUGGUGGAGCAUCAAUUAUGGGAUGAACAGCAUCUCUUGUUCGGACCCAACGUGGAGAAGGAAAAGCAGGAUUUCUUGGAUAAAUUGGCUAAUAGGCACUCGAAAGAAACGGUUUUUGAGUUCAACAAGAAGGAAAAGGAAAAGGAUGAAAACAGUUUGGCUGGGUUUAUGCUUAAGAGGAGACGUCAGCUUGCACCCAUCCAAAGAAAGGCCAAAGAGAGACGAGAAUUGGUUGAAAAGGAGAAACUUGCUGGAUUAAGCCACAACAUUGAAGAUGAGAUUUUGAACAAAAAGAGUAACGACGAUGGAGUCAAUCAGGAGGACUUGGACUUCUUCGAGGAUGGUGAUGAAGUGUUGGGACAGAAGUACAAACCCAAGAAGACCUUCAAAGAUCCUCAGUUCUACAUGAGCCACUAUGCUUCGGCAUCCGAUAUUCAAGACAAACAGUUGUCUUUGGGUAAUAGUUUCGCCAACAGUGCCUCGAAUGCCACAUUUGACUUGGAUAACGAUGACAAGUCGCAAGUCCACAGUCAAGUCUACAAAUGGGACAGCAAGAAGGGUAACUAUGUGAAUUCUAGGUCUACGGAUAAGAAGUAUAUCAUCAGUGAGUCUGGUCAAAGAAUCCCUGCCACCUUCAAGUCUGGCAGAUUUGAUGAAUGGAAGAAACAGAAUCCUACCCGGUCCAAUGAAGAUCCAAUGAACAACUUGGGUAACAAGAAGUUUAAGCACAAGCAAAGCAAAUCACCUAAGAUGCCAGAUAAAUUCAGAGAUAACUACGAAAAGCAAGUCAAGAAAGUUGAAAAGGCUGUUGAAGGUGGGAAAUCGGUCAAGGGUUAUCAUAAGGCUGGACCCCAACAAGAACUUAGAACCACCGAACAAAUCAGAAAGAACAGAUUAUUGCACGAUAAGAAAAGGGCAAAGAAUGCCAGACCAACCAAGAGACGGUGA